AUGCCACAGCGGGCCGCAGGCAUGUGUUGGCAGGUACAGGAUGGCAGCGCCCUGCCAGCGCUGCUGGGAAUUCCAACCGUGGGAUCGGCGGGGAUGGCGGAGGAGGAGGAGCUGGCGAUGGGGUCGGACGACGACGCCGACGCGGAGAGCCCCGACGAGAUUCUCGCCAAGAUCGACGACCGAUCGCAGCGCGUCGCCCACUUCCUGUCCGAGGGUCGAGUGCCAGAAGCGCUCAAGGCGGCUGUGAGCGACCCGCCCAUUGCCACGCGCGACCAGAAAUGCAAGGACGCCAACUGGGAGGUGGUGCAGCGGGCGCUGGUGGCGGUGGAGGACGUGGAUGGUGCCAUCGCAGGGCUCAAGUCCGAGGGGUGCGACACACUCAUGCGGUACCUGUACCGGGCACUGAGAGCAGGGGAUGCAGCGCUGUGUGCGCGGGCGCUGCGGGUGCAUGAGAAGCUGACGGAGAAGGCGGGGCUGGGCUGCAUCAUGCGCGUCAUGGCUGACCGCAAGCACACCGUAUUGCCCUCUCGCCGCCUUCCUAUCCCGUCUCACUCGUCCUCCCGUCUCACUCGUCCUCGCGCCGUCCGUCCCGACGUCGUCCCGUCGCCCGAAUUGUCGCCUCCAUCGACGUCGCCCUCGCUAUCUCCCGUCGCGGCCCUCCCCUCAGUUCGCGUCGCCACGCUAUCUCUCCCCUCCCCUCCCAUCGCCUUUCCUCUCCCGUCGCCUAUCCUCUCCCAUCGCCUUUCCUCUCCCGUCGCUUUUCCUCUCCCGUUGCCCUUCCUCUCCCGUCGCUUUUCUCUCCCGCCGCCCUUCCUUCUCUCCCGCUGCCCUUCCUUCUCUCCCGUCGCCCUUCUCUCCCGUCGCCUUUCUCUCCCGUCGCCCUUCUCUCCCGUUGCCCUUCUCUCCCGUCGCCUUUCUCUCCCGUCGCCCUUCCUACUCUCCCGUCGCCCUUCCUACUCUCUCGUCGCCCUUCCUACUCUCCCGUCGCCUUUCUCUCCCGUCGCUAUUCCUACUCUCCCGCCGCCCUUCCUCUCUCCCGUCGCCCUUCCUCUCUCCCGUCGCCUAUUCUCUCUCCCGCCGCUCUUCCUCCCUCCCGUCGCCGUUCCUCUCUCCCGUCACCCUUUCUUCCUCCCGUCUCCUAUCCUCUCUCCCGUCACCCGUCUUCUCUCCCGUCGCCCCUCCCCUCCCGUCUUCCUCUCUUCCGUCGCCAUCUCUCCCGCCCCAUCACCCACCUCGGCGCCUUCGCGCUCGCCCCGAAAUGCCUGCCCGUCGCCCUGUCGCCCCGUGAUCGUCGGCCCCUCUCGCUUUUCCCUCGCAGCGUCACUCUCCCCGUCACAUAUGCCCUCACUUUUUUCGUCGCUCCUCGCGACACCCUCAUCGCCGCCUUCCCAUUACCUACCUCGUUGCCCUCUCUCUCUCCCCAUCACCCAUUUUCUCUCCGUUCGUAUCACCCCCCUCCCGUCACCCUCACACUCUUCCCUCACAUCGUCCGUCACCAUCGCGUCACCCUUUCUCUCUCCCCUCACAUCACCCUCCUUGUCGCAAUCGCCCUCGCCUCAAAUCGCCCUUCCUCUCUCCCUUCGCAUCACCCACGUCGUAGCCCUGUCGCCCCCCAAAUCGUCCCGUCUCCCUCUCGUUCUCCCCUCCCAUUUCGUGGUCUGUUGA